AUGCUCAAGCAGAGCGACAGGCGGCGGUCCUGGGGCUGCAGGCCGUGGAAUAGUACCGAGAGCGAGGGCGCGUCCCAGGCGGGGGACGGCCAGCACCGCGGGAGCGUCUGCUCGGUGGGGGCCCGCUCCGGCUCCCAGGCCAGCAUCCCGCGGUGGCCCGAAGGCUACUAUAACUACUACAUCGAGGAGGACGUGGACGGGGAGGGCGACGACGACCUGAAGGACGACCCAGGCGAGGAGGCCCGGCCGCCAGAGGCCAAGACCGACCUCCCCGCCGCGUCGGCCACGCUGAACGUGAACGUGGGCGGCCAGAGCUACCGCCUGGCCUACUGGCAGCUGGCCUGUUACCCCAAGACGCGCCUGGGCCGCCUGGCCACGUCCACCAGCCGCAGCCGCCAGCUGGGCCUGUGUGACGACUACGAGGAGCAGACGGACGAGUACUUUUUCGACCGCGACCCGGCCGUCUUCCAGCUGGUCUCCAACUUCUACGCGUCCGGGGUGCUGCUGGUGCUGGACGAGCUGUGCCCGCGCCGCUUCCUGGAGGAGCUGGGCUACUGGGGCGUGCGGCUCCAGUACACGCCGCGCUGCUGCCGCAUCUGCUUCGAGGAGCGGCGCGACGAGCUCAGCGACCAGCUCAAGAUCCAGCGCGAGCUGCGCGCGCAGGCGCAGGCCGAAGAGGCCGAGGAGCUCUUCCGCGACAUGCGCUUCUACGCGCCGCAGCGCCGCCGCCUCUGGAACCUCAUGGAGAAGCCCUUCUCGUCCGUGGCCGCCAAGGCCAUCGGCGUGGCCUCCAGCCUCUUCGUGCUCAUCUCCGUCGUGGCGCUGGCGCUCAACACGGUGGAGGAGAUGCAGCAGCAGGCGGGGCAAGGCGCGGGCGGCGGCGACCCGCCGCCCAUCCUGGAGCACGUGGAGAUGCUGUGCAUCGCCUUCUUCACGCUCGAGUUCCUGCUGCGCCUCGCCUCCACGCCCGACCUGCGGCGCUUCGCGCGCAGCGCCCUCAACAUGGUCGACCUGGUGGCCAUCCUGCCGCUCUACCUGCAACUGCUGCUCGAGUGCUUCACGGGCGAGGACCCGCGGCACAGCAACGGCUCGCCGCGGGAGCACGACAUAGAGACUGUGGGCCGCGUGGGCAAGGUGGGCCAGGUGCUGCGCAUCAUGCGCCUCAUGCGCGUCCUGCGCAUCCUCAAGCUGGCGCGCCACUCCACCGGCCUGCGCGCCUUCGGCUUCACGCUGCGCCAGUGCUACCAGCAGGUGGGCUGCCUGAUGCUCUUCAUCACCAUGGGCAUCUUCACCUUCUCUGCGGCCGUCUACUCCGUGGAGCACGACAUGCCCAACACCAACUUCACCAGCAUCCCCCACGCCUGGUGGUGGGCCGCGGUGAGCAUCUCCACUGUAGGAUACGGAGACAUGUACCCAGAGACCAUCCUGGGAAGGCUUUUUGCCUUCCUCUGCAUUGCUUUUGGAAUUAUCCUCAACGGGAUGCCAAUCUCCAUCCUCUACAACAAAUUUUCUGAUUACUACAGCAAGCUCAAAGCUUAUGAGUAUACUGCCAUGAGAAGGGAAAGGGGAAAGGUAGAGUUCCUGCAAAGAGCCAGAAAGAAGAUGGCGGAGUGUUUGGCUAGAAGCCACCUACAGCCCCCACAAAGGCAAGAGAGUUGAUGUUUCAAAGGACACAUGGGUGGUAGACCCCAUGAACCUCAAGGUUUCAGUCCUCCUUUGUGUUAUCAGAAUUGACAGUACAAGGACAUAGACAGUCAUACACAAAGGGCAGCCAGUUCAGAGUUCUACUUCUGGAAAUGUCCAUUUUGGCCCCAACUGGGACUGCCUCGUUUGUUCUUUAACGGUGUUGUAGGAGUCUGACCUCCCCAGUGACACUGGUACUAAAAACUCCUUGAGAGGAGCAACAUCUUAUAUUUCUGUUACAGCUUCUCAUGGCUUCUCAAUAAGUAUUUUUGAACUUGAGUUGACAUGAGAAGAGUUUCUUGAAGAAAAAAAAAAAAUCCUUCAUUUUCCAGAGAGAGAAAGAGAGAAUGUUGUAGCAUGAGCUUUAGAGUUAGACCAACCUUAGUCAGAAGCCCAGACCUACUGGAUGUAGAGUUUAGGGAAGUUGCUUUAACUGUCUGAGCCUCAGUUUCUUCAAUUGUAAAAAGUAGGUAAUAAGACCUACCUUGUCAGAUCAGGACGGAGAUUGGAGAUAAUAUAUGUUCAGUAAAUGGUAGCUGUUAAAAUUGUGUGAGUGGCUGUUGUCUAAUACACUCUCCAGACAGGUGGUUCUCAGCCCAGGGGUAUUUGGCACCCCUAGGCCCCCUUGAUCCUGGGACAUUUGCUAUGUCUAGACAUGGUUUUGACUGUCACCACUGUGAGGGAGGAUGCGAGUGGCUAUGGGCAUUUCAUAGGUAGAGGCUUGGGAUGCUGCUCCACAUGCACCGGCCAGCCACAUAACAAAAGAAUUUUCUGACCCAAAAAGUCAAUAGAGCCAAAGCUGAUCAUAGG